GACGUCCUCCCAUUCUAACCGUGCAUGCACGGCUCCCGGAACGCGGCGAUCGGUGGUGCACUGUGUCCAUCGGACACAGCGAAUCACCGAUCCACGGAAAGAGCCGAAGAUGUUGGCUCGGUAAUGGGACAUGUACACAGAUCAUCAAAAAGCAUGGAUGAUCAGUGUGCCCUGAUGAUCAGUGUGGCCCCCCAGCAGCGCCACCUGUCAGUGUCCAUCAGUGCCAGCUCUCAGUGCUCAUCCAUGCCACCUGCCAAUGCCCAUCAGUGCCACAUUUCAGUGCCACAUAUCAGUGCCCAUCUGAGCUGCCUUUCAGUGUGUCAGUGCCACCUAUCAAUGCCAGUCAGUGCCACCUAUCAGUGCUGCCAGUGCCAUAUCAGUGCCCAGUCAGUGUAGCCUAUCAAUGUGCAUCAGUGUGCCUAUCAGUGCCACCUAACAGUGCCAGUCAGUGCCGCCUAUCAGUGCCAUAUAUGAGUGCUGCCUUUCAGUGCUCAUCAGUGAUACUUGUCAAUGUCAAUGCCCAUCAGUGCCUCCUCAUCAGUGCCAGUGCCACCUAUCAGUGUCCAUCAGUGCAGCCUAUCAGUGCCCAUCACUGCAGCCUCAUUAGCGCACAUCAGUGAAGGAGAAAAAUCACUUAUUUACAAAAUUGUAUAACAAAAACGAAGAAAAAACUUUUUUAAUCAAAAUUUUCAGUGGUUUUUGGUUUGUUUAAGAAAAAAUAA